GAAACACUAAAAGAGGCCACUUCCGGCGUGGCCAUGGCGGUUAACGCGACCACGAACCGGUCUCAACUCCUGCCACUAGAGCUUGUAGCCAAGUGUAUAGGAUCAAGAAUUCACAUUGUGAUGAAGAGUGAUAAAGACAUCGUGGGUACACCUCUAGGAUUUGAUGACUUUGUCAAUAUGGUGUUGGAAGAUGUCACAGAGUUUGAAAUUACACCAGAAGGAAGAAGAAUUACAAAAUUAGAUCAAAUUCUACUAAAUGGAAAUAAUAUAACAAUGCUGGUUCCUGGAGAAGGGCCUGAAGUUUGAGUGGAUUUCCUUGACUUAUGCUGGAUUCUGGCUUUGUUUUUUUUCAAACCUUUAAUGUUUAGAUUCUAUAAAAUGAAGUUUCCGUUAAAGGGAAACACUCUGAAGAUAUACAUCCAUUUUUCUAAGCUAAUCAUGGUUAUUUUGGGAAGAGAAGAGUUUUGUUUUGUCUUGUUUUUUAAAGACUAAAAAAAAUAAAGAUGGUUUUGGUUUAAAAAAAGAAAGAAAGAAAAA